AUGAUAAAAAGUUAUAGAUCCAAACGGAGAAAAAUUGCAGAUAAAAUUUCCGCUAUAAAUGCCUAUCAACCAUUAUUAUGUACAACUAACAGUAGUCAACUGCCCCAACAAUCUUCAGAUUUAAAUAUUAAUAUAACUGACAACUAUUUACUUAACAAUAAAAAAACUGAAUGUUUAUUAGAACAACAUCCAUUAAAUACAAUUAUUGACUCAACAAUACAAAACUCAAUUUUAACAAAUGCAGCUUAUAAUUCAAUAGAUUCUAAUAAACAUGACUACAAUCAAUCUAAUAAUAAUAAUAAUAAUAAUAGUUUUAAUAAUGAUUUAUUUCCCCUCAAUAAUAUUAUAAACACACCAAAUAAUAUUACUUAUUCUAAUAUACCAAUAGAUUUAAAACUAAAAAAAUGGGCUAUAGAAUGUAAUGUUCCGCAUGUGACUAUCAACAAACUAUUAUCAAUUCUUAAAGAAGAAAAUUAUCUUCCAUUACAAAAAUUACCCUUAGACUCUAGAACAUUACUACAGUCUGGGUCAUCAAAAACCACAAAUAUAGAUAUUUUAACUCCUGGAAUAUACUAUCAUUUGGGUUUAAAAGAAGGUAUCAAGAAUUCUUCAUUGAAGUUUAAGUUGGAUAGUGAGAUAAAAGUCAUGGUUGGAGUAGACGGUUUACCUUUAUCCAAAAGUAGUUCUAGCCAGUUUUGGCCUAUUUUGGCAUACAUAUAUCCACACUCUAAUCAUGUAUUCCCUGUAGGAAUUUAUCAUGGUAAUGAAAAGCCCCAUGACAGUAAUAAUUAUCUUGAAAAGUUUAUACAUGAAGCAAAAGAUUUAAUAUUAAAUGGGUUACAGUUGGAAAAUAUACUAUACAAAGUAUCAAUUAGAGCAUUUUGCUGUGAUUCCCCUGCUCGUUCGUUUGUUUUAAAAAUUAAAGGACACUCAGGGUUUUCUUCAUGUACCCGGUGUUUUCAAAGUGGUGAAUAUUUAAAUAAUAGAACUUGUUUUCCAUAUGUAGAAAGAGAGUGUCGGUCGAGAACCCAUGACGGUUAUGUAGCUAUGGUUCAAAAACAACAUCACAUUAGAGAAGGUAUUACUUCAAAUUUAAUUGAGCUUCCUAAUUUUGAUAUUGUUAAAUGCUUCCCAUUAGAUUACAUGCAUUUAGUUUUAUUAGGAGUUAUGCGUAAACUCCUACAUCUUUGGAUGCAUACAGGUCCUCUCAGAGUACGCCUAAAUGGUAAAAAAAUUAAUGAUAUAAGUAGAUCAUUAGUAAGUCUGAAAAUAUAUAUCCCUAGUGAAUUUUCUAGAAAGCCUAGAAUAGUUCAAGAUGUUUCUCGGUGGAAAGCCACUGAGUUAAGACAGUUCCUAUUAUAUACUGGCCCUGUGGUUUUAAAAAAUGUACUAUCAGAAGAAUGUUAUGACAAUUUUAUGUCAUUGGAUAUUGCUAUGAUAAUUCUUUUGAGUAAAAAUCAAAGUAAUAAAAUAGAAUAUGCUGAUAAAUUGUUACAUUAUUUUGUGAAAAGUUUCCAAAAUAUAUACGGAGACCAUUUUGUUUCAUACAACAUACAUGGUUUGUUACAAAAAGUAAAUGAUUACAAGCAAUUUGGUCCUCUUGACUCAUCUAGUUGUUUUCCUUUUGAAAAUCACAUGAAAAUAUUAAAGUCUGCUUUACGAAAACAUCAUCAACCACUACAACAAAUUGUUCGUAGGUAUAACGAAAAUAAUUGUUCUAUAGAUACCGAGAUUUUCCCAAAAACAAAUAAGCUUAAAAGAAAUACACACCAACAAGGACCUAUAUUAAAUAAUUUUAAGUAUUCUAGUCAGUUUUUAUUUUAUAAAUGGAGUAAUUUCACUAUACAUAUUAAACGAUUGGCAGAUAGAUUUAUACUUACUAAUAAAAAAGAAAUUGUGAAAGUUGUUAAUAUAGCUCAAUUAGCAGAACCUAAGAAUAAAAUAAUAAUUAUUGGGUAUAAGUUUUUAAACAAAGUUGAUUUUUACAAUAACCCAAUUAAUUCUUCUAAAUUAGAUAUUUGGAUUGUUCAAGAUUUAUCAAAUGUUCUACAGCAUUGGGAACUAACCGAUAUUAAAUCAAAAAUGUUAAUUCUAGUUCAUGCAAAUAAAAAUAUUGCUAUGUCUAUUUUACAUUCAAAUGUAAAAUAA